AUGUUCACGGAGCAGUUUUCGGCUCCACAGACGAUCAUCAAUCUGCCGGGAAGUGCCACAUGUAUCGAGUCGUCUGAUCAUCCGAUUGAUGUGGAGGAGUUGGAUACACUUACUGCUAUCAAUAUUGAGAAAGACGUGGUCACCGCCGCUCCAAUCGGUUCGAUGACUGGAUUCGUUGAGGAAUACAAACGUGGACAACAGAACAAGGGAUGCUGGCUGACAAACUAUGUGUGCGGUGGACCCGAGAAGCCACUCGAGAAGCAAUCGAUGAGAUCUCGUCGUUCUGCGUCGAGAAGUGGCGGAUCUGCGAAGAGCUGUCGUACUCAGGCAUCACGCAAGAAGAGCAAAGAAGUCAAUGUGUGUCUCGAGGCGACUCCGUGUGGUGGCUCCACGAUUCAGACAUAG